AGGGACCAUGGGAAUAUUUUGCUUGUUCAACACACCAAACACAGCCAAAGAAGGAUUCAAACAGCAAACCUUCAAUUAUAGGUGUGAUUCCUCUCAUCACUGGACUGCCCAACUAAAUGUUUAACUUAACUGUCUAAAAAAACAUGUUCUGCUGGGGUUUUAGUUAGGUGCGAGAAAAGCAGUGUUUUCCAGACUAUAAGUCACUCCGGAGUAUAAGUCGCACCAGUGACCUUUCAUGGCUGUUAGUGUAAAAAAACAGAAUCGAGAUUUGGUUGAAUUUCUCUAUAAAGACCCCUCUGAUUGUUGCUGCCACCCACGUACAACAAGAAAUGAUAAGAAGCCACUGAUGUGAGUAAAGUGAAUGAGUUUAAGAGUGCAGCCAAAAAGUGGAUGGAGAGGACAGAUCCGUGUAAAGAUGGGGGGUGGGGUCACUGUGAUUAGCUUAAGUUGAUCCGUUGGGAGCAGAUGGUAAAUGGUGGCUUACCUACAUGUGUUGAUCCGGAGCUGCAGUAGUUUGAGUCCAGGCUGCAUGGACAACGGAGAAAGACGGUUCCCGUUAGACUGGACGACAAAGGGGGACAGUCGACGGACUUCCUGACACCAAGAAUCCUGCAAGUAGAUACAGUUUGACUCCGUGGUCACAGCGUUAAAUUAUCUGUAACUGACUUAGUUCAGUGUUCAGGUCAUGUCCAGGGAUUUAGCUGCUGAAAUCACUGAUCAUUUGGUGUUUUUUAGUUAGUUUAGCUGGUUUAAAAUCUGACAUUGACUUUUUUUUCCCCAGAUGAAACUACAACAGAACACGACAACAUGUUGCUAAAAUAUGUGUGUGUGGCUGUGUUACCACUGCUGCUGCUGCUCUGUGUCCAGUGUCUGGAUGGCUCGGCUCUGCCCGCUAUGUCUUCGUAUGAGUUCACUGCUUACAGGAUGCAACAGUACAACUUGGGACAAAAAAAACAUGGUUGCCUUGGAGCCAUUGUUGUGGCCGAGGCGAGAUCAGCUGAAGAACCAGUGCUGAGCCGCCGCUGUGUUGUCAUGAAAGUGUCAGACUUCACCACAGCAAAAUAUCUGGAGGCACAAAAACAAAAUGCAGCAGCCAUACUUGUCCUGGUGCCCAGGAAUAUGUCCAGCGUCCCCCAGGAUACUGUGCAGUCCUUCAUGGUGAGUGAGCGGAACAGUCUUCUGAAGGAGACCCUCAUGCCUGUGUAUGCAGCACUCGAGGAUGAACAGCUGCUUUAUAUGUAUGAGGAGGUCAGGCAGGCUGCAGCCUCCCGUACCUCAUCCAUAAUAAUAAGAGUUCUACGAAGUAUGAUCACAGCCACAGCCUUUCAGAUCUUCGUGAGCAACAACUCCCCCAUCACGGGCACCACUGACACCACUUUAGUCACACUGGAGGGGGUUCUCCCAGGAGCUGGAGACGAUGUUCCCACCAUCGUCAUCACUGCCCACUAUGAUUCAUAUGGACUGGCCCCGUGGUUGUCCUACGGAGCGGACUCUAAUGGCAGCGGUGUCACCAUCCUGCUGGAGUUGAUCCGUCUCUUCCAGAAGCUUUACAGUAGUCAGAGCACAAGACCCAAAUACACUUUAAUGUUCUCUCUGACUGGAGGUGGAAAAUACAAUUUUCUUGGCACAAAGAGAUGGAUUGAAGAAAACCUAGACCACGCAGAGUCCAGCCUGCUUCAUGACAACGUGGCGUUUGUUCUGUGUUUGGACACACUGGCCAACGCAGACGUGUUGUACAUGCACGUGUCCCGGCCUCCCAGACCUGACUCUCCCAUACACUCAUUCAUACAUCUGUUGGAGGAGGUAGUGUCUCACAGGUUUCCCUCGGUGAAGGUGGGUUUGGUGCAUAAGAAGAUCAACCUUGUGGAAUCGUCAGUAGCCUGGGAGCAUGAGCGCUACAGUCUACGCAGGAUUCCUGGUUUGACUCUGUCUCACCUGGAAGACCCGAAAUCUGAGCUCAGGGGAUCCAUACUAGACACAGUAUCGCAAGUUGAUUUCAGGAAAAUAAAACGCAAUGGUAUCGUCAUUGCAGAGACACUGGCACGGUUCAUGUACAAUCUCUCUGAUAAAGGUACGCCUAAAGAAGUGCAACUGUUUAAGGGCCAAUUGGAAUUUCAGGACAGUCGUAUCUCCAGCCUGAUGUCCUUCCUGACCUCAGUGCCCCGGGCCACACAGCUGUUGGACAAGGAGCCCGCACAGGCCCUGCUGGUCAGCUCAUUGGAGCAGGAAUUUAAACGCUACCUGAAGCAAGUUCGCAGACAAAACUUCCGACAGGACAGACGGGACCCUGAUGUUACAUUUUUUGAUCAAAUGAAACAACCAAUAGUAAUGUACAGAGUGAAACCGGCUGCCUUUGAUCUCUUCCUUGGCGGCUGCAUUGCUGGAUAUUUAGGAAUUGUUUACUAUGUCAUCCAGAAUCUAGGGUAUGUCUACACCAAGCUAAAGGCUGCUGUGAAAACCAAGCGUCACUGAAUCCUUUGGGACUGCAAAGACUCAGAGUAUGACAACGGCACGUAAUGCUGCACAGCACACCCUGGACUUCUGCUUAAAUUCAAGUCUGCAUUGUGAACGCUAUGCUACACAUCUCCUCCCAGACUGAUCACAUGCACCGCAUAUAAAUCUCCUUCUGGCUUUGUAAUGCGGAUUGUUAAACUGAAUUUUCUCUUUUCGGGGGAAAAGAGUCCUUUUGGUAAAGAAUAACACUUUUGUUAACAAUAAAUACAAAUGAAAGAUACAUUUUUGUGCCUCAACUUUACUGUUGAAAGUAGAGAACAGAAAGCCCAGAUUUGAGCUCCGCCGAAAAGACAUUACUGCCGAAUAGUUGUUUAGAUUUAGAUUUAGCCUUAGAUUUGAGGAGACUUUACAUGGCUGUCAACACAGCCGAGACACUGAUGGACAUCUAAGUCCCGUCACAGAUAACUUGGCAAAAGCAGUGGACUCACAAAGGCCCCCCUUCAGCACUCUGUGAAUUAUUGAUGCUCAUGAGACAUGCUGACUGUGAAUAGGGGUGACCCCAGUGGACAGUCGGAGAAACAUCAAAAUCCUUCUCUUUCUUAUGUUUUCCUCCAUUUCUACAAAAACAAACCUGCUCCAGCCACAGGUGCAUUAAACAGCCAGAAGCCGAGGUUUGGAUCUGUUGUAGUUACUUUACUAAGGGCCCUGGGAGGGAACUAGGUCAUGCACAAUGACCCCAGGUAUGUAUGUCUCUGCAGGGGGCCUGGGGCUUAAAGGGAUUAGCGGCUCAGGUAGCACAGAGAGUUGCAUUGGUUCAGCAAGGAUGCUUUCAAACCCUUUUCCGCUUCAAAGAUCUCGUAGGACAUAAGCUACAGUACAGGGUAAAUGGUUAGACCUGGAUGAACAAAUGUUUGUAAGAUGAGUUAGAACCAUGCAAGAUUUACACACACUAAUGCACGAAAAAUGGAGAAAAAAAGAACGUGAUGCGUUAAACAAACCAGCAAAAUAGGUUGAAAACACAACCGGGUGAAAAUGUUUAAGCACAAGGCCUCCUGGUUUUUGCAGUUUUCUGAGUCCUGCAGAAAACUGUUAAAGGAAUAACACGUGAGAUUAACGUGAAGGAGAAAGGGAGGAGCCAACAGGAGUGAGAGAGAGGAGAGGCUUUGCUUUUGAUGUUCAGAGAGACUCAGGGCAAGCUUUGGAAAGCAGGUAAGACCCCUCAGUGAACAUGGUUCCUCAGGUCUACAUGACCAUGUACAAACAGCAGUUCGCCUCGCCUCACGGAGCGAAGAGGGCACAACUUCGACCCACCUCCGCUCACCGUAGGAACAACCCCCAGCCUCGACCGGAUUUUCUGUUACCGCGGAGCCCUCAGCUCAGCUACAUGUCAACACGCACACAGUCUCACCUUCUGCCUCCUGCAGACACCGGCCGUCCCAUCUUCCCACCUGUCACAUAUUUGUCAUUUCACACUCCAGUUACAACUGGCCCUGACCCCUGUGCAAAAACUGCACAGUCAGGAAAAACACAUCAUAUACCUCAUGUCAACUCAGCUCCCUCUGCUGAUAGACUGAAGACACUGCAGCUCAAAGGCAGUGACGUUCAGCCACUCAAAUCUUUGAAGCAACAACAAAGACGAAUGGAUUAUCUGAAGAAUGUGCAUCCACUCUCAGCACACUUACCCAGGCAAUUUGCAAUUGGUCAACUUCAGACAAGACCUCAAACUAGCAAUCUGACAGCAGAUCAACGCAAGUUUCCAAAGAGCCAAUAUUUAAGGCCUCACUCUAACAGCUCUCUGGAUUAUGGUGGGUGCUACAGCUGCUUCCAUGUGGUAAAGCCUCACCAGCCUGGACACUACAUCAUACACCCUGAGUUUGUGUCUGAGUGCCUGCCUCACUGCUAGAGCAUGGUCGUGCAAAGCACAGACUUGGGGGCUGCAGAGGUCCUUGGUGGUGGUAUUGCUGGGGGUGGAGCGAGGGGGGAUUGCUGCCAACAAAAAGAGGGAUCAUUAACUUCACUAUUGUUUAAUUCCCUGCUAAUUAACCCUGUGAGACAAGGUGUAAGGAUGAAUAAUGUAACUGUAUGCUGCACUCUCACCGCUAUUAUCACUGUGUGGAGACUUUUGCAGUUAAGUACUUAAUCAGCAGCAGCAAAGGUCUUGGCAUGAGGGGCUUGAAUGAGCUGCAUAUCCCUAAUGUGUAUCUGUGUAUAUUAUAAAAAUUUCAUUCUACUAUUAGGGAGAUGACUUUUUUCAUUUGCAUCUGUAUUGAAUGUUUCACAUGUUAAAAUAAAGAGCUAGCAAACAAUGACAUUUUACAUAGAGCAGUUUUUGACACACAUGAUUGGGGACCAACAGUGGCGAAUCAUUACUUGGCAGUGGAUUCUGGGCCAGAAAAAUUACAAGAAAAUUUUAAUUAUAAAACCAUCCAAAAUAUGUACUCAUUUAAAAGUAGGAGUUGGUCCCAGAACGCAUCGGGGUAUACAUACAUUAAUAGGAUAGAGCAUAUGGUCU